UCGAUCCAAGAGGGGUCAAGAAAGAAAAACAAUCUUGAAUCUCAGACAUUGUCGUGCACUUAACUCUUGUCGUCGCCGGUUGCCGUUGCCGUUGCCGUCGCCGUCGAUAGAGAUGGGAAUAUUAGUAUGUAUAGGAAUACUACUGCCGUUCCCGUUUUACUACUGGCUUUGGACGAAUCCUCAAUCAUGGGUAGAUUUAUGCGGCAAAGGAAGAAACCCAUCUAAAGUGAUGGCUCAUGUCUCUCAUCUCAUUAAGCUUAUUCAAUUCAUCUCCAUCUUCUCCGUUUCCACUCUUUCAUGGCCUCCCCCUUUCUACUUCUGGCCCCUCUUCAUCUUCGGCCAGUUUCUCAAUUUCAGGGUAUAUCAAUUGCUAGGGGAAUCAGGUACAUAUUAUGGAGUUCGAUUUGGAGAAAACAUUCCAUGGGUUACAGAGUUUCCCUUUGGAGUGAUUAGAGAUCCUCAAUAUGUUGGAAGUGUAUUGAGUCUUGUGGCUUGUCUAGCUUGGAUCCCAUUCCAAUACAUCCUCUUAUGGGUUCUUGGCUAUCUUUUCAUGAGCUAUGUUGAAUCCAAAGAGGAUCCCUCAACUCGAGCCAAGGUUCUCAAUUAGUUUUGGCAAGAGAUUCAUGACAUGUAUGGUAAUGAUGACUCUCUUGAAGACUAAUUUUUGAACAAAUCUUUCUUUUUGUAUUUGGUAAGAGUUGUUAUACUAGAUUUUCUCCCAGUUUGGCUUUUGAUA